AUGAAGUUCUUGAGAGGAUGUCUUUCUAUCAAGAAUCUUGACCAUGUGCCAACUGUGGACAAGGCCAAGCAAGCUAUGCUGCUCACGAAACCAUUUCUUGUUCGGCUUGAAUUUGAAUGGAAUGGAAGUGGAUACAGUAACCAUCAUGAACAAAUUCUUCAUGGUCUUCAACCACAUGAAAAUUUGAAGGAGCUACUACUCACCAACUAUAAUGGUUUUUCAUUGCCGGGUUGGUUUAGUAGUCCCCUCUGCAAGCUUUUAAGUAUCAACUUGCAGAGUUGCAACUACUGCCACAUUCUUACCCCUCUUGCAAAGCUUCGAUAUUUGAAAUCUCUUACCAUCGAUGACAUGGCUAAUUGGUCUCAAGUUAACCAAGACUUUUCUGGUUUUCAAUCGUUGGAGUAUCUCGCAAUGAAGAACAUUCCAAAUUUGGUUUCAUGGUGUAUGUUCCGUGGCAGCCGGUUCCCUCACCUUCACACCCUUCACAUUAAUGAUUGUCCGAUGCUUACCAAUCUGCCGUCACUUGUGGAUGCUACUCGUUUUCAUUCUCUAGACAUUAAUCAAUGUCCCGAAAUUCGUUCGUUGCCACAUGAUGGUCUCCCUGGUUCUCUUGCAGAAGUGACAAUUUCAGACAGUGGUCUUCUCACAGAUAGAUGCAGAGUACAAGAAGGUGCAGAUUGGCAUAUGAUUAAAUCAGUUCCAAAGAUAGUUAUUGACUAUGUGGAGAUCGGUUGGGCCGAGAGAAGCUUUUAG